UGCUGCCGCGCUCUCCAUCCCUCGUUGCUGUAGCUCCUGCUUCCCUCCCCCACUGUGAAGACGUCGCAGCGCCGCGAAAAAAACCCAAAAAAAAACUCCCGGGUUGGACAUCUUUUUUUUUUUUUUCUAUCUUCUCCCUGGCGCUGCUCCCGUCGACCCUCACAUAACCGAGCACACCGAUCGCACAGAGAACGGGCUGCCGAAUAGCCAUGGCGUCACUUGCUUUUGGCGUGAAUGGCACGGCCUUUGCCUCGCCUUUGGCCAGCCUGAAACCUGGGGCUGUAGCUCUCCCACCACAGCUUGAGCCCAUCCUCGAGGCCAUCUCGCAAGCGGGCAUUUGGUCCAUCUUGAUCACUCUAUUGCUGGUCGCCGUCGUCUACGACCAAUGGAGCUACCAAACGAGCAAGGGCUCUAUUGUUGGCCCGCGCUUCAAGGAGCCAUUCAUUGGCCCCUUCCUUCAAUCCGUCAACCCCAAAUUCGAGGAGUACUACGCCAAGUGGACCAGCGGUCCUCUGAGCUGCGUCUCAGUCUUCCACAAGUUCGUUGUCAUCGUCUCAACCCGUGACCUGGCUCGCAAGGUCUUCAACUCGCCCGGCUUCGUGAAGCCAUGUGUGGUGGACGCUGCCCACAAGCUUUUGGGCGCCGACAACUGGGUUUUCCUGGACGGGAAGGCUCAUGUGGACUUCCGUAAGGGCCUAAACGGCCUCUUCACACGCAAGGCCCUCGAAUGCUACCUGCCCGGCCAAGAGGAGGUGUACAACACCUACUUCAAGAAAAUGGUUCAGGUCACUAAGGAUGCCGGAGGCAAGCCCGUCCCGUUCAUGACCGAGUUCCGCGAGGUCAUCACGGCCGUGUCAUGCCGCACCUUUGUCGGCCACUACCUCUCGGACGAGGCUGUCCGCAAGAUCGCCGUUGACUAUUUCUACAUCACCGAGGCCCUGGAGCUGGUCAACUUCCCCAUCAUUCUCCCGUUCACCAAGACUUGGCGGGGCAAGAAGGCCGCUGAUAUGGUCCUUGACGAGUUCUCUAAGUGCGCGGCCAAGAGCAAGGUGCGCAUGAACGCCGGUGGUGAGGUCACGUGCAUCAUGGAUGCCUGGGUCAAGCAGAUGGUGGAAUCCAAGGUCUGGACCGACGCCGUGGCGGAGGGUCUUUCUACCGAGAACAUGGUCAAGCCCCAGCCGCUCCUGCGAGACUUCACCGACUACGAGAUCGCUCAGACCAUAUUCACCUUCCUGUUCGCCUCGCAAGACGCUACCAGCAGCGCUGCGACGUGGCUGUUCCAGACAAUGGCCCAACGCCCCGAUGUCCUUGACCGGGUCCGCGAGGAGAAUCUGGCGACGCGCAACGGAGAUCCCAAAGCCGCUGUUUCGCUUGACCAGCUGGAGUCCAUGAAGUACACCCGCGCCGUUGUCCGCGAGCUUCUGCGCUACCGCCCACCAGUAAUCAUGACCCCGUACAUGGCCAAGAAGCCAUUCCCAAUCACCGAUACCUACACUGCUCCCAAAGGUGCUAUGGUUAUCCCGACGACCUACAUGGCUCUCCGCGACCCUGAUGUGUACGAGAACCCCGAUCUUUUCGACCCCGAGAGGUACUACACUGGUGACGCGGAGGAGAAGGGCGCCAAGAACUUCCUCGUGUUCGGCGUCGGUCCUCACUACUGCCUCGGCCAGCACUACGCGCAGAUGAACCUAUGCUUGUUCCUCGGCAAGGCAUCUCUGAUGCUGGACUGGAAGCACCAUGCUACCCCGAUUUCGGAGGAGAUCCAAGUUUUCGCGACUAUUUUCCCCAAGGAUCACUGCCCCCUCACGUUCGAGGAGCGCAAAUGGAACUAGAGGUAAUAACUGGCUGCCUGCAGGCCACACGACUGCGGCCAAAUCAUAUAUAAUGUUGUCCCACGAAGCGGCCGGCGGGGUUGCGACACCAAGCCUCGUUACAAUUGGCAGGACGGCUUGGUUUUUGAUUAACGAAGAACGGCGAUAUUUUGCACGCGAUAGAUUAAUCAUGGUCGUCGGCGCCCAACCGCCUUUGGUGGAUGGUGAUGGGCAGUUGGGCAUAUAAACAUAGGCCAUUGGGCUGGCUAUGACCACCCAACAAUAUCCCUAAUACUUACUCUGGCACUCUGUAUAUAAGCCCCCCAAGCCACCAGACGAUGGUCUCGCACACGGUAGCAGCACGCUCUGGUUAUUUGACGUUGAAAUAAGAUCAUGACCCUCCCGCCAUA